AUGCGCGCCCCGCCCUCUGAUUGGCAGCCGGGCACCGCGCACGCACGUCCUCCCGGAAACGCGCGCGCAUCUCCUAGACAACGGCCCCGCCUCCCGGGCUGCGCGCGCCGAGCGGGGCGCAGCCGUCUUGGAGCACGGACGCGGACUGCGGGCGGCGCGGGCUCACUUGGGGAGCGGGGGCGCGCUCGGGAAGGCGGGGGCGGGGACUCCGAGCGGCGGGGGCGCGCUCGGGAGGGAGAGGAGGCGCGCUUGGGGGACUUGGCGGAGGACCCGGACGUUGAGGCGCUUGUCCAGCCCCGGAGCAAAGUGAGCACCGUCCGUCCACGUCGCCCCAGAGCUUCUCUGUGCAGAAAUAGCUGCUUGCCCCCAAGCUGUCUUGCUUUUCUGACCACACUGUUUCUGUCUGUCAACACGUCCGGGCCUCGUGAAAAGCUGCCCUUUCUUUGUGAUCAUCGGAGCGUGGACGUGGCCUCGUACGUGUGCACACUUGUGCUCCUGGCCCUCUGCGCGGGGCCUGGAGAGGGGCCGCUCCUGCUCCCUUAA